ACGUCACAUGAUGUCAAAAUGGCGUACGACGGGAACUGUCAAAAUCAAGACUAAGUUAACAACUUAUUUUUUACUUGUUUUUUAACUUAAGAAAAUGGACGGAAUGAUGAUGAUGCCACCGCAUUAUUUUAGGUUUAAUACCACCAUCAAGCACCUACUUUUGAAGCCAAUAAAUGUUACAAACACUGAAGGAAUCAUAGCUGCAUCAUUUGCAUUUUUCUUCGCAACAUUUUUUCUGGAAGGAACAAAAAUUCUAAUGUUUUAUUGGACUGUAAGAAUACAACAAAACCCACUAACAUACGGACAGACAAGUGGCACAAACCAGGAUUUAUCUCCCUUGUUUGCAUCUCUCAUGAUACCAUCAGAUUUAGAACAUGUUAAAAAAAGAAGACUAAAUUACCAUUUCUGGGGAAUGAUGACUCAUGUGUUCAAUGCCAUUCUGGCCUACAUUAUUAUGUUGGCAGUGAUGCAAUACAACUGGUGGAUUUUUAUUGCCGUUUUAUUAGGAAGCGGAUGCGGUUACUUUUGUUUCGGAGCAUUAUCAUAUUCUAUCAGGGAGAAGUAUGCCAACCUAAAUCUUUUCAGAGACACUGAUUCUAGUCACAUCAACUCAACCUGUGAAGAGGAGCCCCCAGUGUUAACUUGAAUGAAUGGUCUUCCACAUCAAUCAUGGUUCUUUCCUCUGAACUAGAUUUUCAUGAAUUACCGGUAACUUUCCACAAUACUUUUGAAAAAUCAUGGUUCUUCCCUUUCAAGUCUUCAAACACAUUCCUUUUGUGAAGAAAUCAGAUCAAUUAGAAAGAAAUUGAUUUUGUUAAUUGAUCUUGCCUUAUGGCUGUUAAUGGAUUUUUGAAAUAUUUUUGUUUUAAAUUAUUUGUUGAUGAACAAUUUGUUAAUGCAUUUAUUUCUUAAAGUUCACUUUUACUAAAUGAAAAUUUUAAAAAUUAACUCAUUAUUAUUUUAUUUUACAAUAUUUAAUAUGUGCUAGUGGUUCAUUUGUUGUAGUCUGGUGAAUGGGCCAUUAUUUAAUGCUCUUAUGAUUAUUUUAUCGAAUGUUAUGUAUUAAACAUUUGUUUUUCAACAAUACUCUGUUUUACAUGCACAAAUAUUUGUAGUAUUUUUUCAUUGAAUUUGAUUGAGAUACAUUUAAUUUUUUCCCCUAUGCAGUUUGCAUAGGUAUGUUUGUGAUAAAUUGAGUUGAUGCAAAGUUUAGCAGCAUUGUUUCAAAGUGUCUCAGUAUUGUACAUAGGAUGUAGAACUAUAGGUUGUUGGAAAAACAAAGUUGUCAGCGUUUUUCUUAUGCACAACAAACAUCGAAUGGAAUUGGAGAGUUGUUUGCAGUUUGACACUCCAUUUAAAAAAAAAAAUACCCCAUUAUUAUUGGUGCUUGAUAUAUAUACAUUAUAAUUAAUGUAUUUUUUGUGCUAUGAAUGUUUUUGUAUUAUUUUGAUGUAUUGAAUGUAGAAAAGGGUUUUGGGAAAAAGUCUUUUUAAACCGAAAAAACCCCAGGUACAUGUAGCACAGUUGAAUUAUUUGAUGGCUUUUUCUGUCAUUUGAAAUAUCAUGACAUUGUAUUUGCAAGUACAAGUACUACGUAUUGUGAGUAAAAGUUUGUUUACACUAUAACAAACAUGUACAUGUACAUGUAUUGGCCAAUUAUUCUCCCUAUGUUUUUGAAUCAGGCUACUUGUCAAAGAAUCGUGUUCAUUACUGCACUAGUUUUGUGCUCUUAAUUGUUACUGCUUCAUGAUUUUUUAUAAGACGUUUGAAGUAAAUGAACUUAUUUAUACAUGA